AUGACGACUGUGUUACAUAUGAACAUAAGAAAUAUUCUAUUUGUGUGUUUUUUGGGAAUAGCAUGGUUCGAUUGUUCGACAUCUCAAACUCAGGGAAGAGGACAAAAGCGAUACAAAUGGAACAACAGGCGCUUUCUAAAGAAGGUUGAAAGAAGGAUCAUGAAUGGAAGACAAGUAUUUUCUCCCAGAGCACUGGGAAUGAUAAAAAGAGGCUGGGGAAAGAAAAAUAUACACAAUAAAUUGAAUAAAGCUUUUGGACUGUGUGAUAUACCUGACCAAGAUGUAGUUAAAAACAUGUUUCCGGGAUUAUUUCAAUCCAUUGAUGAUAUCUAUAGACUUCCUGAGAUGCAACAAAAUGUUUCAAAGACAUCAACUGCUGACCGAUUAGCAGAACCACCAGUAAUACGUAAUUGGCAAGCUCUGCCAUCCAAAAGAGUUCGUAUUCCCAAAACAGUAAAAGUAUCUCAAGAUGUUAUCUUAUCUUCCGGUACUUCCGGUCCUCAAAAUGGGAGUUUCAGUCGGACCGGAAAUCUAUGCGAUUGUUGUAAAGUAGAUCGUUACUUUGAGACCUAUGAAAAUGUGACAGUCGGAGGUAUAUCUUAUGAAGUCAUUCGAAUUCCAAAUGAAGACCAGUUUUUUGCCAUUGAAAGAUGUCCGGAAAAUCCCCGGUGUUUGUACGGAGGCUGCAUACAGAGGUACACACGACAACCCAUUCUUAUUUGGAACGAUACAAAACCCUAUUAUCCUCCGUUGGAUUUUGCCCAGUUUGAUUUCCCAACCCACUGUGAGUGGGCGAAUAUUGGACAGUGAGAUAUGACGAUAAUAAGUGAGAUGUACAUACAGUUACCAUGGUGCCGGACACAAUAUAGAUGCGCGUAAAAAGGUAGAAAAAAAGAAGAUGGAUCAUAUGAUGUGUUUGUAUUAGAGUGUGCCCAGCAGAGAGCCGAAGAUUUGCUGAUUUUCACUAAUUUUUGACUGCAGAGAAUGUUUAGGUUGUUUUCUAGGCUAUUCUCUGUCGAAGACACACUCCUGCUAAUGCACAGGUAUCAGUUUCAGAAUUGUACAGCGAUAUUUUUAUUUUAUCAUUAUUUAUUUUUGAUUUUUUUUUUACGUUUCUAAUUCUGAAUGCUCCUGGUAGUUUGUAAGAAAGUAGAAAAUAAUUUUUUCAACCUUACUAUAAAAACCAACUUUUUUUUAAAGGUUCCGCGACAGAAUAUUUAUUGUGCCGAAUAAUGAACUUACUAAGAAAAUAUUAAUUUAACUAUAUAUCAAAAUAAAUCUUUAAAAUACUGUGAUUGGAUGAUAUAUAUACAGCAUGCCUGAACCUCGUGGUAAAAUUGUAUACAUUAAGCGACUCGUGUACCGCAAUUAUUUUUUCUUGGUAUUGCAUGAUGUAGGGAAAAACGUAUGCAUAAGGCAGUUAGUGUUUAUAAUGAAUCAUAAAAUGCCUUCAAGUGUAAUCAUCCCGACUAUCGAUUCAGAUUUAAUACAUUAAUAUUAAAUGAUGAUGUAUUAAAAAAUAUGAGAAUAAAUAAAUUGACUAAAAA